AUGUGGAACCAACUACAGGACGGAGAUAAUGAAUACCCUGCUAAUAGCACAGGGUUUGUGAGUGGAAUCAAAAAGUACAAAAGCUUCAUAUGCAUUUUGCUCGUAAUUUUGGUCGUCUUUGGAGUCUUCAUUUCUUACUACGAGCUGCACGAGACGCCGGUUGAUUUCGAACUGGACUGCAACGACUUGAACGAAAAAUGCGUCAAGUACAAGUUUCCCGAAUUUAAGCCCCAACGACUUCGCAUCGUUGACGUUAACCCCCAGAACAACAAUGUGCUUCUAAGGAGUAGCGUCCCAUUAUUCAAUGGUGUAUUUUCGGAGGAUUUGUUCCGCAAGCACCUCAGGAUAGUGAUGGAGGAAGCGAAGCUCAAGUACAGCGAUGACAUGCCUCUCUACAUGAUUUCCUUUUUGCGAAACGACGCUAAGGAGGGAUGCUGCUACACUUCACAAAGGUGUAACAUCAAGGACGCCAGUGUGGUCAACGAAGUUAUUUUGGGUCACCAGGAGGAUCCCUACGAGGUGGAUGCCAAGACCCUGGAGAACGAACUGAAGAGCCUCAACUGGGACACAGAUAAACUGUUAAGCAGAGUAAACGAUCUGCACGAAAAGUUUCAAACCAUGCAGAACACCAUCUUCGUUGUCCACUGCAGAAGGGGCAAAGAUAGAACAGGAGAGUUCGUCGCUGCAUACAAAAUGAUUAUACAGAAACUCGAUUUCGAUACCAUUGUGAAAGCGAAUGAAGAGAUAGGCAGGGUUAAGACUCCUUACUUGAGGAUGCAAAAAUGGUUGUGCUUGUACUUGGAAAAAGUUAUGGGCUUCACAAACAUUGGCUGCUACGACUUUAGGUGA